UAUUAAAAUCGUAUCGUUAUGUGUACAAUGGACGGCGGGGAAAAGUAAAUAUAUUUGUAUUAUUCAUGUACAUGUUUAGACAAGUUUGUAUUAAUCAUAGGAAGAGACUUCGGCGAUGUCUUUUAUUACAAAGCGCGAGCGCGUGUUCGAUCAAUAUGAAUUGUACAAUUUGCCAACGCGAAAUGAGGGGAAGCUUAAGGCGUACGCAUCAUGCACGGAUGCGAGAGCCUGGUCCCACUUCUCUUCGGAUAAGACGGAACACCUGGUGGAGUUCAUAAAGCGGAAUAAUGAAGUCUACCCUGGAAAGUUUAUUCCCUUAAAUGUGAUCAUCGACUUGAUGAUGGGGUCGAAAAACGCCGAGAUCCGGCGGCUAAAGCUCAAGUUAACACAAUUCGAACAAAUGCUAGCCGCUUACGAUCUUCUCGAACUCAAUUGUGAUCAGAAAUGUGAGAUCGAAAAUGCUCACGCUAUGAUAAAAGCUGCAAACCGGGAAUUAGAGGACGUGGACUUGCACUUGGAUAUAUCUGGAUUAACAGAGAUCAUAGAUUCUGAAGAUUUUGCGACUGGGAAAUCGAGAGGCGACGAGCCAUUUUCUGCAAGGAGUAAAUACUCUGAGUCUGUUACGCCCAUGAUAAAAAGCAGAGAUACUAGCAAAUCCGGAGGAGACGAGCCGUGGGUGCCAGUUGUGGAGUCGAUUCAUGAAAUAGACCUAAAAUGUGUCUGUGAUGUUGGCACAUCUGUCCACGAUCCAAGAAUAGUAGAAAUGCAGGAGGUUCUUAUCAGCAAGGACGCCAGGCUAAGUGCUCUUCAAAAUACCAUUGCAGUAAUGGAGAAUGACGUUUGUGAACCUUAUUGCAUUUACGCCCAUAUUUACACGGCUCUAGAAAAAAUAUUUGCAACAUUGCGACAGGUUGACAAAUACAGAUUAUAUUUAGAUCUACUGUCGACAGGGAAAGACAUUCGUUGCAUAGAUAUUAAAAGAAAAAUACUUUUCAAGUUAAAGGUAUUAGAAAAAUUUUGCGUUGCUUUGAUUGCACCCUGUUCUGAGCAUUCACCCAAAGACGAAACUUGCAAAUGCUAUAGAGCCGAAAUCUCACACACGCAGACAGCCUUUGCAAUUACUUCUUCGGGAGCAAAAAAAGACAGCAUAGAUGUUAAAAGAGCUCAUCUAGUCGCUGAUAUCAUGCAACAUGAUGAAAUGAAAGAUAUACUCAGCAAAGACAGUAUAUCGCAAUUAAAAGACCCGGAAACAGAUAUAGGUUUGGAUAUGUACAGUAUAGACACGGAAAAUUUGAAUCGGCUGAAGAAUUUGCAAGUUAACUACGAUGAUUUGAUGUCUUGCUAUGAAAAUUUAAAGCAUGAGAGAAAUAAUUUGAGUCUUAGAUGCCAGCAGUAUGAAGAUUUAGACAGAGAAUGUAAUGCUUUAAGAGAGCAACUAAGAGAGUAUACAACAUUGUACAGUGAAAGAGAACACUACAGAAGACGUUCGGAGGAUCUCGAUAGUUUAAAACAACAAUACAUAAUAUUAUCGGAUGAAACAGCAAGUUUGGAAAAUCAAUUAAAGGCCGAAAUAGAAAUAAAUUCGAUUAAAACAAAUACACUUGAAGGUUUAAGAAACGAAAAUAUUGAACUGGAGAAAAGAUUAAAUGACGUGACAAUUGCUUUAGAAAAGAAAGAAAAUGCUUUACAAUGUAAAUUAAAAGAAACUGAAUGCAAAGUAAUGUGCCAAGAACAGCAGAUAAGAAGUUUAUCAAAUCAGAUAGAUAGACUGCUUGAACAAGAACCUGACAAACAAAACGAGGAUAUCACCAAGUCAAUGGCUAUUCUAGACGAAAUUGAAUCGUUGAAAGAUCAAAUAAGAACAUUAAAAGAAGCGUUGCACAAUAGCGAAGAAGAAAAACAACAACUGCAAGAUCAAUAUCAGGAUCAACUGCAAAAUAUCAAUGAUCUUAAAAUGGAAAUAGAAGAAUGGAAAUCCAAUCAAGAGAACGAUAAUGCUUUUCUUUCACAAGAACUUCAAAAAUUAAAAGAUGUUCAUGACAAUGCUCUGGCUAUUAUUAAUAGCUUACAAGAAGAAAAGCGUGCGUAUAGAUUGUCUUUAGAAAUAACUAAAAAAGACAGCGAAACUUUGGAAGAAAAACUGAAACAAUAUGAAAAUCUCAGAGAAAAUUUUGAGUCCCUUAGACAAUCAAAUGAAAGCCUUCAACUAGAAAAACUUGAACUGGAGGACGAACUGAGAGAAAAAGCCAAUGAGCUUAAUGACACUUUUGAUAUGGUUGAGUUAACAAAAAAAGAAAGUGAAAAAUUACUGGAAAAAGUACAGCAGUCUGAAAAACUUAAAGAUAAUAUGAUAAAUCUUGGCACUGAUUUCCAAAAACUAGUCGGUGAAAAGGAAAGUUUAUUAAAGGAGUUAGAAGAUAAAAACAAAUAUUUAGUUAUUUCACUACAAAACCUUAACAUGCUUAAGGCCGAGAAUGAAGAGUUAUUUAAAAAAUCAAAUCGAUUUAGUGAUUUAGAAGAAGAAAUAGGAGAGUCCAAAAUGGCUUACAAUGAACUUCUAGCAGAAAAGAAUUUAUUGCAAAUUGAUUUUGAUAAUAAAACGAAAGAAUAUAAUGACUUAUACAAUGCAUUAGAAAAUAAAAUUGAGGAAAACAGAAAUUUACAUGAUCAAGUGAAAUCCCUACAAAAUCAUCACAAAGAAGCACAAAGUAAUUUGGCUGCCUUGCAUGAUGAAACUAUGAAAGUUCAAACAACACUAAAAUCUGUAAGACGAGAAAGUGAAGUUUUAAUGGAUAAGUUAAAACAGUAUAAUAGUCUGAUAAACGAAUACGAUAAAUUGAAAAAAGUUCACGACCAAAUUUGCAAGGAGAAUGAAAAAUUGCUUUACGACUAUGAGAUGCAACUAAAGGAUUUAAAUCGAUUGGAAGCGGAAAACCGUGAAUUAAAUAUUUACAAUGUAAACCUGACAACACACAACGAAGACUUAGAAAGAGCUUUAGUAGACGCACGAACAGAGCUUGCAAGAAAAACUAGUGAACAGCCGGCGUACUUGGAUGUGAAAAAAGAAAUAGAUGAAAUGAAAGCUGAAAAACUUAACAGUCAUCAAAAGAUAAGAGAAUUAUUAGGCCAGCUCGAAGCAUCGGAGCAUAUUAUUUCAAAUUUAAGCGAGGACGUAAUAGAGCGUGAUGAUAAAAUAGCGAUAUUACAGAACCAUAUCAACUGCCUAGAUGAUGAAGUGAGAAAGUUACACGAGAAUUUGGCAGAAGUUGUCAAUGCCGGCGAAGGAAUAAAGGAGAGUGGUGUUCAGAAGAUUGAUCAAUCCAUAAGUCUAUUGGAAGCUCAUCAUUCUAAAGCAACGCACAAUAUGAAAAUGGAAAUAGCAAGACUUCAAAAUUCCAAUACAGACAUGGAGAAAGAAUUAUGCAGGGCCAGUGAUGAAUCUAUCAGAGCUAAACAAAGUCAUACUGCAAAAAUACUCCACUUACAAAAUGAACGAGAAAUAAUUGUUACUGAUAUUAAACAAAUAGAAAUGACUAGUAUUGGAGAUAGUGCUUUAACACAAGAUCAGUGCAGUCUUGAAGAAAUCUUAAGGUCAUUAGAGAGGAUUAAAAAGCACAUAGAAGAUAAAAAUUCACAAUGUGCCGCCUUGGAACAAACCUUACUCAAAGUACAGACAUCUUCCCAAUUGCUUCUUAGUAAAGCUGAUGAAGCAAAGAAAAUAAUUGAAAAAGAAAAACAAAAAGUUAUUCACGAAAAGGAAGAAGCUAUUGCCGAUAGACAAAACAUGGAAAAACAGUUGCUACACCUAAAAGACACAUUAGAACAACAAGCCAAUCACGACAAAACUGUUAUCAAAGACUUAGAAGGGGAAAUAUUAAAUCAAAAGUUAAUAUUAGAUAAAAUAAACAGUUCAACACAUAAUUAUAUAACUAAACUUGAAGAAGAAAUGCAAUCUAUGCAAAACUUGUAUCAAAAUUCUUUAGCCAAAAUUAGUGAAUUACAAGAUAAAUUAAACAGUGCGUCAAGUGAAAAAGCUAAUGUUGAUAAUAUUUUACUUAAACUUCACGAUGACUUGAAAGAAAAAAGCAAAGAAGUAACUUCUCUGCAAAUAGAAUUAAAUGAAAUAAAAAAUACACCAAAAACCGAUUUUAAGAGUCAAACUGGAACUUCAAUAGCUAAUUUCUUGAAUGAAUCUAUUCAAACUGACAAAAUGAACUAUGCAGACGAAAUUAGAUACAACGAUCCGCCGGAUCCGCAAAAAAUAGAGGACGUUGACGUUAUGAAUUUAAGAAAACCAAUAGAUUUACGUCCGAAACAAAUUCCACAAUCCUUUAAUGAGGUACAAAUAUUAACAGCUAAUAUUGAACCAACUUUUGAUUCAGUCAAAAAUACUUAUUUAACCUAUAAAUUGAAACAACUUAGUACUUGUCGUUUAGAACAUUGUUCUAUCUCUAGUUUUGAGGAAAAUCUCGCUGGCCAAAGAGUGGUAGAUAUUUAUAGCAGACAAUCUGACAUGCAUACAGAUUCAUCGAAACUCGUGGCUAAUUUAGACGAAGACAAUUCCAAGCAACUCACAUUGUCUACUCUUGGUUCAGAUGUUUUAAAUAAUCCAUUCGUAUCAACAUCUGAGAAAUCGACAGAUAAAGAUCUUUUUCUUAUUUAUCACGAUAGUGAUGGAAGUCGCGUCGACGAAGUAUUCGAUAAUAAAGGUACAUGGUCACAUGCGGCAAGCUCCAGUCAGCCUGAGGUCAGUAUGAGUGAAAUGGCAAAGCGGUCUAUCCGUCUUAAUCAACAAAAUCCGAAUGAAUCACGCGACACUCUCAAAUCCGAAAAUCAAAAACGUCCUGAUGAAGAAUCCUAUGAGGUAAAUCCUGAAGAUGGUGUCAGCAGAAAAGAACUUAUGAUUCAACCUAACGAAAAUCAAUUGAAUAAAGCAGCAGCUAGGGACAGUCAAUACAAAACAGUUGUGGGACCCCCUAAAACAAAAACAGUUAGGUAUUCAGGUGAAGUUACUGGGUUGCCAGAAAAAGAGCCAAAUAAUGAGAUGGACUCUGUUGGUGCCAAAAAGCAAUUAGAUGCUCAUGACUUUAAUCAAUUUAAAACAGAUUUAUUACAUAAAAAAUCAUUACCGAGAGAUUAUGUUUACGCAGAAGACGUUAAUCAAAGUAGAGCUAUAUUAGAAAAUGACGAUAUAACCAUUAAAGAAUUGCAAGAAUCUAUUCCAAGUAAACCAAAGUAUUACUCAGAAGUAAGCUCUAGUAAAUUUCCUCAAGAUAGUAGUCAGACUAAAGACUUAAACCAUGGGACGCUAUCAAGUGAUCCACAAACUUGGCCUUUAAGAAGUGAUCCUAAUAUCAGAGAUACAGACAAACACAAGUCUGAUCAGAAACGAAAUAAUUAUUCUGACGAAGAGAAUUUCGAAGUUAGAGGUAUAAAAAAUAAAGAUAUAUAUAUUAGGGACGCAGAGAACCAAAUCUCAGAUCACAGAAAUAGAAAUAUCCAAAAUGACUUUUCUGCUUUUGACGCAGAAGACAUUAAACCAAACCCAAACAUAAAUAAAUAUCGUAACAGUUCCGAACGAAAUCAAACGAAUCAAUAUUUUACGGAUAAGGAACCUGUAAAACAUAUGAAACUUUCGUCAGACUCUAAUAAAGAUGAUAAAUCGCACCAUCAAUUAUCUAGAGUAGGGGCAGAUGUUUUGAUAUUUAAAAACGAAAACGUUAAAAAUGACAGUCCUGUCAAGUCUCGACUUGGUAGUUUUGGUUUAGAAUACAUUUUAGACACAGUAAAACAAGAAUUAGCACCUAAUAAUAACGAACCUAAUUCACAAAUCAGAAGAACCCGCAGUGACGACGCAUACAAUAUGUUCAGAGAUGGUGGUGUCAGUGAAUCCAGUCCAGGAAUGACAGCUGAUAAGACUGUGUCUAGUUUUAGCGGAAGCCCCAGUAAUAGAAGCCCAUCUAAAUCUGUUACCGAACAAAGCGUGAUGGUCAACAUAGACCCAACAGAAGAUUAUGGAAAUAAGAUCCGAUUCUUGAGCAAAACAUUACAAACUAUUGAAAAAGAUUACAAGAAAAAAAUAGACGCCAUCAAAGUACAGUAUGACAGUCACAUAAAAAGCAUAAUAAACGAACACAAUCAUGGUGUCAAAAGUAUACAGAGCCUUCAUGAAGAAACAUUAAAAGAUGUCAUAAAAAUACAUGAAAAUGAAGUAGAGAGUUUACGAAGUAUGAGUAUUGAGGCCAUGCGGAAAGCUGAAAAACUUGAAAACGAAAAUCGAUUACUGAAAUUCAAACUACAAACUUGUAAAUGUUUGCCUGAGGAACAAGCCAAAAUUUGUACACCCGAUACAAAUAGGAAGAAAUCCCGAAACCGUGGUGAUAUGAAAAUGUUAACAAAAACAAACGUUGAGGCUUUCAAUGUAAAGCCGAAGAUGAAGACGCACGGUCCCUGCACUUGCUCUCUUGACGUUAAUGUAUCUGACACCAUUCGUAACAUAUUUGAGCAAGUGGAUGUGGAACAGAGAAAAAUAGCUGAGCAUGCAUAUAUGAAGUAUAUUGCUACCAAAAUAUUGUCUGCUACCAUUGAGGCAUUGGACGCACAAGAGUUAUCAUUCCUUCACUUCAAAGUGUGCCGAGCGUGGAAAAGUAAAAUAAGCAAAGAAGAGGCUCUACAGAAAAAAAUUGAUUCUUUAGAGAAUGAACUAAUGAAUAAGCAGCGACACGCACAGCAACAUAUUGCAGAGUUGGACCGCAAAGUUGCGGAAGAGCGACGACGGCUGCAGGAGGUGCGUGAGGCCGUGUGCCGCAGCUCGCACGAAACGCCAUACGGAUCUUUGCCCACCGGCGUUUCGUCCACAGGAGCUUCGCCCACCAGCACCAUCAUCGUAGACACCAUCUCACAGACACGCGCAAUCAUCGAAGACUGCGGAUGUGGAUGCAGUAGGACAAUUGUCGACAUUGGCGAAAGGCGAUCGGCUGGUGACCUGGUACCCGGGUUGUCAAAUUCACCCAUUCGAUCUAGGGGAGCACGCGUGAGGCAAUACGAGGUUAACAGGGCGGUGCUGGCAAAAUUGGAUGUCGAAGAACGUAAAGAAAAGAAGUUGUACGACGAACCUCCAACUCGUCUUCGUCGCGCGCACGAUCGCAUAGCAAAUCGAAAGAAAUGACAUACGAUCAUAAUUAUGACCCGUGGAUAAAGGAUUCGAGCCUCGAGAAUAUACGAGUGCCGAAUCUGUAAAAUUCAAAUCUUCAGGUAUCUAAAGUAAUUUAUAAAUUCAAAAGGACCUUUAAUGACUAUGAAAUGCGUGUUCUGAAUUAAAAUAAUUAGAAUUUGGAGCUCCUUUAAUACUCGUAACGAAACUACCAUGAAGUGGUGUCGGUGUGCUACUGUGUUUUGUUACUGAAAUGUUUACUUUUUGAAUUUGUUUUUACCUUUUUUAAUAGUUUUUUUUUAUAAUUUAUUAUGUGAAUACUUGCCAUAAAUUCCAAAAGUUGUCA